AGAGGGCGAGGGUACGUACGCGCGGAAGCGCGAUUUGUCUGUAUCUGGAGUACAAGGAAGGAGGAAAACUGGAAAGGGGAGUGAUGGCGGUAACGAAAUGACAAGUUCGGGAGUAUAAAUUACACAAGAGUUGCAUUAUGAGGAGCCUUCAGCACCUAGGAUGAAGAAACAAGUAUCGUAAGAGAUGACCACCACAUUACGCAUGAUUUAGACUCCCUGACCAAGACGCCGAAUAAUCUGAGGGAUCCAUGGCACUGGUCGACUGAGAACAACAAUAGGGGAACAAGAAACACUCAGACGUUUAACUUCUAUCGCCUCUUCCCAAGAUACUCCCAGUAAAUAUUUGAAAAUGAUAAAAGCCGAGAGCAAAGGAGAAAGGGCGCUGAGGAGUGCGUCCCCGCAUAGAAAUGCCUACAAGUCGGACUUCCACGCUAUUAAGUGUACUUUUGAUGGGACGAAAUCGGACGGUACUGCAAAGUCCUAUGCAAAUGGCUCUAACGACACACAGGAGGACACGAGGGGGAGGCAUUUAGGCAAUCGGAUAAACAAGAUAAAGAAUAUUUUCCUCCAGAUGGAUGGCCAGCAACAAGAGAUUCAAGAGGUGAAAACAACGUUGAAAGCUGAUUUGUCCCUGGUCUCCCCACCAAAUGUGCCAUUUGCAGUCACCACACACAAAACAAGUUUGAGCUGUGCCACUAGCCCAGAAUCUCCAAGUCUAGACAAAACCCCCAAGGGAGAAGAUGUCGAAGUUGACAAAACAGCUUUGGCAGAGAAGUUCUCUUCGACCAGGAAACUCUUUGAGAGGACUAUCAAAGAACAACCCGCAGCGGAGAAGUCUCCCAACAGAGUUGUAAGCCGGGUGCCCCUGGGCAGUGUGUCUGAUGGGGGGAAAAGUACCAGGAGAUUGUCAGGGUCCACUGAAACUAGCAACAUCAAAACAGAGCCUGGUCCCACUCCAGUGACGAGAAGCCAGCCAGAUGAGAGGAGCGAUACUGAGGAGACUAAACAUGUGUCCAGGGUGUCCCUGAAAGCUGGACCCAUGUCCAGGCGGCUAGACAACUUCAUUGUGGACAGUGACAAUGAGGCAAAACCCACAGAGAUGUUGUCUAAAGUAUGCAGUCUCUCAGAUCGCUCAAUGCCUACAUCUCCGACAAGGGACAGUUUUAACAAAUCCACCAUUCCAACUAAUGAUGCCACUAACAAACCUACCUCCAUAGUUACCGGUGUCAUUCUCAAACCAACUUCCCCAUUCAAUAACACUACUCACAAAACAUUCCCAACAACAGCCAAUGCCACUCCAAAGCCCAUCUCCCCAGAGCCCGUAUCCCCAGGUGGCCAAAGCGCUUACAAGCGUUCCCCCUCAACCAGUGACGCUUUCAGUAGACCAUCUGUGGGUAGCGAUGGAGUAAAACCCUCCAGUCCACCCCCCAGGGAUCAAAAACAGCCUACUGUGUUUGCCAAUAGCUUUUACAGUAGCAACAGGGCCAAAACCUCCAGCAGUGCCAAGAGUGAUGGGCAUGUGGCACGGAGUCCCACCAGGGAAAAGCCACCUACCCAGGCCUCGUCUCUGCCUGGCACGGUCCGGGCUGAGCUCGUAGUUGUACAGAAUGAGUCAUCAGAGAGCGAGGAGAACGAAGAGGAGAAUAUUGAAGACAAUGUUUUUGAGGAAGUGCAUGUUCAACCCCCAAAAGAGAUCAAAGUUGAGCUAAAAGAAUCGCCACCAAAGGCGAUCAGUCAGAAGGAUGACCACCAUCAGCCGAUCUCAGAGAAAGAUGACGGCAAGGAGACUGAGAUUACACUGGAGAAGGAAGAAGGAAGUCGAUUUGAGGAGUCACGGCAUGAAUUGAAAGAGGAGUGGAGAGAAGACACGAAUCCUGGAAAUCAAACCGCGGAUUACGAGGAGCAAAAUGCAGAGGAGGAGGUUGCUGAGGAGGAACAGGGCAGAAGGGGCAAGAUUUCCCCAGUGGCAUAUGGUAGAGAGAACACAGCAUUUGUGGAUGAUGGGGAUACUGACCAGACCCUCGAGGAGGAGAAUGAAGAGCAGCUCUGUGAGGAGGAGUAUGAGGAGGCCCCUGGGCUUUCAGAUGAUGAGGAGGAACCGGAACCACUGAGGAAGAUCAAGUUUUCAACGUCACCGAUACGGGUGUUCAGCACCUACUCUAACGAGGAUUACGACCGGCGCAACGAUGAGGUGGACCCCGUGGCGGCGUCGGCUGAGUACGAGCUGGAGAAGAGGGUGGAGAAGAUGGACGUGUUCCCUGUGGAAAUUGAAAAGGGAGACAACGGCCUGGGCAUCAGUAUCAUAGGGAUGGGAGUGGGAGCUGACCAGGGCCUGGAGAAACUAGGAAUCUUUGUGAAGACCAUAUCUGAGCGUGGAGCAGCUGAACGGGAUGGCAGAAUCCAGGUGAAUGACCAGAUAGUGGAGGUGGAUGGGAUCAGUCUGGUAGGAGUGACCCAGCUGUUUGCUGCUACAGUUCUGAAGAACACUAAAGGAACAGUCAGCUUCCUGAUUGGCCGGGAGAAGCCGGGGGCGCAGAGCGAGGUGGCACGUCUGAUCAGUGAGACCCUGGAGCAGGAGAAGAGCGAGCAGCAACACCUGGACGACCCCUAUGAACAGUCCACUGAGGAGGAGGAGCACUAUGAGGAAGAGGAGGGAGAGGAGGGAGGUAUCCUAGGGUCUAGUUUCUCCGGCGGAAGGACAGUGGAGGUGUUUGACCUGCCGAAGACCGAGGCCAUGUUCAUGCCCUCCAACGUGGACUCCACACAGAUGGGCUUCAAAUUCAAGGAGCUCCAGCUGAAACACAACACAGCAACAGCUGAAAUAAACCAACUGAAGGAAAAGCUAAGGGUGUCUGAGGAGGACAAAGCAUCCAAGGAGUCCAUGGAGGUUGAGUUGGAGCGGAAGAUUGAGGAGAAUAACGAGAAGAUGUUGAAGCUGGAGAAGUACUGGCUGGAGGCCCAGGCUCUGUGUAAAACUGUCAACAAGCAACUGUCGGAGACCCAGAGCCAGUACGGGACGCUGGACAAGAAAUACAACAAGGCCAAGAAACUGCUCAAAGACUACCAGCAGAAGGAGAUUGACUUUGUGAAGAAGGAGGAGGAGAUGAGGAAAGUUCUAGACGAGAAGGAUCGAUGGUACAAGGAGCAGCUUGAAAGCCUGCAGGACAGGAUAGCGGUCCUAGAGGGCAGCGGUCCACCUGCUGACCGUGAAGAGACCCAGGCGGGUCAGGACUCUGCUGUGGAGAGGAGACGGAGCAGCCAGGGGAGUGAAGGCCCUCUCAUCAACACACAGUCAGUGGACUCUCUAGCGCUAGAUACAGACUGGAGCGAGCUGGUUCCGGAGACUGAGCGCUUGGACACCAGUGCACAUAAAGCCAAGUGCCUACUGGCCCCAAGAAGGAAUCGUCCGUCUCGCAACAAACGGAAGGAGAACCUCGUCAUGUCCCCUUGCCACUCACAGGAGAAUGAGGAGGAGGAGGAGGAGGACUCUGCCAGCAGGAAGAGGUGCAUCCAGGAGAGCCUGUCCCUGCCCGGGCCAAUCUGCUGUCCUAGGAACGGCCAGAGGGACGACACCCCCGAGGCUUUGAGGAGCAAGUUGAAGCUCUCCAGCAGCCCCUCCCUGCCCCCGUCCCAGAGAGAUAGUGUCGAAAGCGGGGGCAGUCCUUCCCUGUCCCCGCCGAAAGACACCUCUUCGCCCUCGCCACACUCCCCCUCAGGGUUCCUUCGCAACGUCAAGAAGAGGGAGUCCAAGGGGAAGGGCAAGGAGCUCAAAGAUGAGACAAAUGAGAGUUCUUCCGUCGGAAAACCCAAAAAGACGAUUUUUGGUGGCCUUCGGAAGUCUGGUGGCAAAGGGAAGAAACAUGACAAGGAGGCGAUGCGAGCAUCUCUGGACAGCAGGGGUUCUGCCGAGCUCCUGGAGGAAUCUGGGGGAAACUUGUCCCCUUCUGAGUCCAUGACCUCUAUUCCCACCUGUAUGCCUUUCUCCUGGUUUGGGGACCGAGAUAGGGACAAGGAGCCUUCGUCCACCAGCAGCAGCCUACCAUACGUAGCCACUGAGACCAGCAGUGAGCAGAGCCAGGACCGCAAGAACAAAGUGAGCACACACACACACACACAGUGCCAACUCCAUCAAAAGACAGAACGAAAAAGCUCUCAUCAUCUAGACAUCUUUAUCCAAGAGAGUUUGUCAGUCAUAGAUGAUUCGAACCUUGGCAGCCCCAGUUCAGACAUCUCAGGCUUAGUUGCAGAGCCCAAUCUGCCUGGGCGCUCACAUACUUUAGUCUUCUCGUCCAAUGAGGACCUGGAUGACGAGCCAGUGCCCACGGGGAAGGAAUAUCAAUGGCAGAACCGCCCUGUCUCCGAGUGGACCAAUCAGCAAGUCUGUCACUGGUUGAUGGGCAUGAACAUGGAUCAAUACACGCCCGAGUUCACCGCCAAGGGUGUGGAUGGCCAUCAGCUCAUGCACCUGGACAGUGACAAGUUGAAGGCUCUAGGUGUGUCCAGCCAAAGUGACCGGGCCACCAUCAAGAAGAAGCUGAAGGACAUGAGGAAGGCCCAGGAGAAGAUGGAGAAACAGAGGGAGAAAAGGGAGAAGGAAUCACGGCGCAGCGGGAGACUGCCUCCCAACACUGACUCUGUCUGCUGAGCUGCCCCAGAGGUGACCCACUCUCUCUCUCUCUCACUGAACAUAACCCAACACAUUCUCCCUCAAGUGAGGCAGGACAUCCAACGACCCUUGUAUCUGUUCUGUUUCACAUAUAGGUCUACGUAAGUGCCAUCCACCUCAGUUCACCGCAGUUACUAAGAGAGCACUAAAGCAGUCACUCAUCAUGUGAGUUUAUAAUGACCAGUAACAAUAAUGUUAGCACACCAGUGUUGAUUUACCAUGCCAAUUGGAAGAAUCAUCUGAAAAUAGCCCGAUUUGUCGUUGGCUAUUGAUACUUUUCCUAGUUUUGGGUUAUUCACAAGAACACACGAGCUGGCUCUGCUUUAUAAUCAAAUCAAACACGCUGACAGUCCUGUCGCCAGCAGUAUCUGUGUCACAUCAUUGUGGUAGAUUGGGGGGGUGAAAGUGAUACUGUAAUGACAAGUGUUGGGGACAUGACCAAAGGCAAAACCCAACAUGUUUUUUUUAACCUUUAUAAAGCUAUAGAAGCAGUAAUUUUAUCCCUUUUUGAGUUUCCAGAUAUGUAAUUGCAGGAUUUGUGUACAUUUACCCAUACAACAAGUGGAAUGAGUUCAGUACUACUUUUUACAUGUUUUAUAGUGUAUUUUUGCUAGCGUAACUUUCCUGUAGCCAUGUACAGAUAUUUUGUUGCAGGAACUUUGUACAGUUGAGAUAAAAGUACUAUACAAUCUUUUAAGCUUAAAAGGGUGACAAGGUUUUAGGUGUAUAAAUGAACGUUUCUACAUAUCAAUUAACUGCAUAACUUUUUUUUAAAAUCAAAUUAAAGGUUCAUCAUUUUAUAAUACUUUUUCUACUAAGUAGAAUAGCCACUAGGAUGAAAACAUCUUUGCUAAAAGCAAAAGAAUCAAGUAACGACAACGUAAAUGCUGUUUAUAUAUAUAACCCGUUCCCAACUGUGCCUGUUUUGAGAAUGGAUGUACUCCUCUGUGGUCCUGUUGAGCCGGAGAAUUUGACGUGUUGCUGAAAUGGUACCAAGACAUGCAAUAUUAUUCUACAGGGUGUGGGGUCCAUGAGAACACAAGGUGUGUGUGUGCCUAUGACAGUAAAUCUGUUGAAUAGCUUGCUGUCUUGUCAACAUGAAUGGGUGCAUGUUAAGCAGCAUAAAAUAAACCAAUUCUCACA